ACUGACAAUGCGGGAGAGAUAGCGAGUCCGGAUUGAGAAAGAGAGAGAGAGAGAGAGAAAGAGGAAGAGAGAGAGAGAGAGAUCGAGAAUCCCCAGCAGCGCCGGAUACAGCACCAUGAGAUCCAAAGGCAGGGCUCGCAAACUGGCCACAAGUGAUGACAGCCUGUAUGAUGGGUAUUCUGCUAUUCUACCAGUAGAGGAGCCUAAUGCUGAUGAUGAGACAGGGCCUCUGUCCCUCAGUGCACAUGAUCUUUCCUCACCUGCCACAUCUAAUGAAGAUUUUACACCUAAGGAGGGCUCUCCCUACAAAGCUCCCAUCUACAUUCCUGACGAUAUUCCCAUCCCACCAGAAUUUGAACUCCGUGAGUCAAGCAUUCCAGGUGCUGGGUUAGGAAUAUGGACUAAGAGAAAGCUGGAAGCCGGUGAAAAACUUGGCCCUUAUGUUGGGGAAGAGCUAUCGAACUUGAAGGAUCCUUCUCAUGGCUGGGAAGUAAGCACGUAUUUUAAUUUCUCUGUGUUUCAGAUGCCUAUACAUGUUUGGAGUGGCUUGUGCACAGACCCCAGUGGGCACAGUAGCACAGACCCCAGUGGGCCCAGUAGCACAGACCAGAGUGGACCCAGUAGCACAGACCCCAGUGGGCCCGGCAGCAAAAACCCCAAUGGGCCCAGUAGCACAGACCCCAGUGGGCCCAGCAGUGUGGAUCGAGUGGGCCCGGCAGUGUGGAUCGAGUGGGCCCGGCAGUGUGGAUCGAGUGGGCCCGGCAGUGAGAAUAGAGUGGGCCUGGCAGUGUGGAUAGAGUGGGCCCAGAAGUGUGAACUCAAGGUGGCAUUGUCAGAGGUGAGUGGCUUCUGCAUCAAUGAGGCAGUCCUCAUGCCGGCUUAUGGCUAA